GAAGCAGCAACGGCGUAUUGUCGUCACGACAUGUUUCACGUAAAACCACCAUUCGUUUCUGUUUUUUUGUUUGUUUGUUGCCGCUAUUACAAGAGCUACAUAUUCGGAUUUUGAUGUUAGCGGUUUAAAACAAGAAAGGACUGUUAUAGAGCUAUGUAAAGAAAUAAAAAAAAUAAAGGAACGUUUCUGGCGCUGUUUUGACGUGCCUUUACCCCCCAUCAACACAGGGUGGCGCAGUUGUGCGUCAUUACGCAGGGAAGCCUCCACACCUCUGGCCUCAAUUGGUUUCCCCAUCAUUUCCCAGUCCUCUCUGAAACCCGCCUGCGGUGUUGUCCCGAAGAAGUCUGUUAGUAUAGAGUUGGUUUAGCCAGCGCUCGCGUUAAUUAUUUUAUCGCCAGAGUACAAAUCUGACUGUAAUUUUCAUAUCUUCCCUCCGUGCAGACUUGACGAAUUAUCCAGCCCACAUUGGAUGUAUUUGUAAUAAACAUUUCUUCAGGAAUACACCAUUCAUAUCAAUGCUUCAAAAUGCAGCCCCCACCGAGAAAGGUCAAAGUAACUCAGGAGCUGAAGAAUACUCUCAUAGAGCAGAUGACCAGACUGCACCUCAAACAUCAGACCGAAUGUGACCUGCUGGAGGACAUGAGGGCAUACAGUCUGAAGAAGGGCCAGUUGGAGAGGGACUAUGUCCAGGCUCUGCAGAAGCUGGCCAGUCAGUACCUGAAGAGGGAUUGGCCAGGCAUCAAACCAGAGGACCAAGGCACAGACUACAGGAAUGUGUAUGCUGUGUGGCGGUCCUAUCUGAAGGGGACAGUACAGGUGACUCAGUCUCGCAUCAACGUGUGUGACAACUACAAGAAUGAGAUCUCAGAUCCUGCUAAAACUGUACGGCUAUACAAGGAACAGCAGCUCAACAAGAGUAUAGAACAGUUGAAUCGUAUCCAGGUGGAGCUGCAGGACUCUGUGAAGGACCUGGCCAAAGCCAAGAAGAAAUACUACGACUCAGAACAGGUGGCUCAGGCCGUUCGAGAGAAGGCUGACAUUGAGGCCAAGUCAAAGCUGGGUCUGUUUCAGUCCAGGAUUAGUUUACAGAAAGCCAACGUUAAGUUGAAAGCCAAGAGGAGUGACUGUAACUCUAAAGCAACCCAUGCCAGGAAUGACUACCUGUUAACCUUGGCAGCAGCCAACGCUCACCACGACCGCUACUACCACACAGACCUGCUGCACUGUAUACAGGAGUUGGAUGGCGGGAUAUAUAACCAUGUGAAAGACUAUCUGAUCUCUAUCUGUCAGACAGAGCUGGAGGCCUUUCAGGUCAUACACAACACCUUCCAGUUCCUACUGGACAAAUCCACCCGGGUGGUGCAGGAGUUUAACCAGCAGCUCUUCAUGCAGGAGAACCCUGUGUUUCAUAAAGCACAAGACUUCCAGUUCCAACCCAGUGACUGUGACACGACUCUGAGCUCGGUGCAGAAGUUGGUGGACAUUGAGCCUUCGCCCAUCAGUGUCAUGAGGAUGACGCUGGCACAGAGUCGUAAGUUGGAGACAGACACGGGGAGCCCGACAGAGGAGCACAGUCUGAACAAGGAGGCCAGGAAAUGGGCAACCAGAAUGGCCCGAGAACACAAGAACAUUGUCCACUACAAGAGAAGCCUGGAGGAAUGUGAGACACUGGGAGUUCCUCAAACAGAGCAGGGCCGGCUUGAUCUGGAGCUGAAGAUAGAGGAUACCAAAGAGAACAUCCGCAAGGCUGAGACAGUAAAGCUGAAGGCAGAGGCUCGUUUGGACCUGCUGAGACAGGUGGGCGUUGCCGUGGAUACCUGGCUGAAGAGCGCCAUGAACCAGGUGAUGGAGGAGCUGGAGAAUGAGCGCUGGGCUAUGCUAAACUACACUACCCACGAUCCCUCACUCUCGGGCCCAGUUGAUCUGGAGCGGUCGGAGGGUGAGGAGUGUGAGGAGAACAUGGAGGUGUUUGAUGACAGCAGCUCCAGCCCCUCUGGGACUCUCAGGAACUACCCACUCACCUGCAAAGUCCUCUACUCAUACAAGGCAUCUCAGCCAGAUGAGUUGAGUAUAGAGGAGCAUGAGAUGUUGGAGGUGAUAGAGGAUGGAGACAUGGAGGACUGGGUCAAGGCGAGAAGUAAGACAGGGCUGAUUGGCUACGCAAACCCAGAGAAGUAUCUUCAGUUCCCCACCUCUAGCAGCCUACUGAGCAUGCUCCAGUCUCUCGCUGCGUUGGACGCUCGCUCACACACCUCCUCCAACUCCACCGAGCCAGAGAUACACACUGGCAGCAUCAACGGAGACGCCAGCUUGAGUUUUGUGAGGGCACUGUAUGACUACGAUGGUCAGGCGGAUGAGGAGCUGUCCUUCCCAGAGGGGGCUGUCAUCCAUCUGCUGAACAGAGACACCCAAACAGACGAUGGCUUCUGGGAGGGAGAGUUCAACGGACGAGUGGGAGUCUUCCCUUCUGUACUGGUGGAGGACCUGACUGAGAGCAGAGAGAACAGAGUAGACAAACUGAUCUCUCCAUCUUCGAGGCUGCCCUCCUCGUUGCCCCCCCUCCCUCUGUAUGAUCAGCCCCCCUGCAGCCCCUACGCCACCCCAGACACCCCCACCCCUCCGCUCCUCCCUCGAUCUCCCUCUGUCAAUGGGGAACACAAGCCACCUCCCACAAUGUUCAAGGGACCCACUCACAAUCAUAGUCCAGUGUCUCCAGAGUUCCCCCAGCCCUCCCGGUUCACCCCCGACGGAGGCAUCAGCACACUACGACCUGUCCGUGCAGCACCUCCGCCCCCCAAGCAGAAACCUCGCAAACAGACAGAGAAGACUGAGGAGGUGGAGAUCACACUGGUGUGACAGACAGACAGACAGAGAAGACUGAGGAGGUGGAGAUCACACUGGUGUGACAGACAGACAGACAGACAGACAGACAGACAGACAGACAGACAGACAGACAGACAGACAGACAGACAGACAGAGAAGACUGAGGAGGUGGAGAUCACACUGGUGUGACAGACAGACAGAGAAGACUGAGGAUGUGGAGAUCACACUGGUGUGACAGACCGACAGAGAAGACUGAGGACGUGGAGAUCACACUGGUGUGACAGACAGAGAGACAGCAGGGCACAGACCUGGAUGACUGAACUUUGAACUGGGCUUCACCUCUACGCUUUGAACCCUGGAACCCCCUCCCCCCUACCUCCCUCCACUGGGAAGAAACAUGGGAAGGAAGAUGGUUCUGUCUCCAAGCAACAAGCCCCUCACCCCUCCUCUCCCUCUGUGUCAGACUGUCUGUCUGUUGCAUUAACUUUGCUCUCAUCAUUUUGAAUGAAAGGAAUUCAACGGGAGGAGGAGGAAAAGGAGAAAUGCUGAGGUGGAGAGUUGAAAUGAGUUUUAUCUGCUAUGUGAGCAGAGUUUCCCCUGUCGUUGCCAUAUAUAGUCAUAUCAUAUGUCUUUAAUGUGUAUUAGUACAGUACAUUACUGUUGUCAUAGGAAUAUUCUGAAUUAUGCACAACGUUUCAUAUUAGCCUAACCCGCUGAAUGGAGUAUCUAUUUUAUAUGUAGUAGAAGGUUAUCCAUAUGUCAACCUGGAAGAGCAUCGUACAUGCAGUUCCCUCUCUCUCUCUCCAGUUCCCUCUCUCUCUCUCCAGUUCCCUCUCUCUCUCUCCAGUUCCCUCUCUCUCUCUCUCCAGUUCCCUCUCUCUCUCUCCAGUUCCCUCUCCCUCUCCAGUUCCCUCUCUCUCUCCAGUUCCCUCUCUCUCCAGUCCCCCCCUCUCUCUCUCUCCAGUUCCCUCUCUCUCUCCAGUUCCCUCUCUCUCUCCAGUUCCCUCUCCCUCUCCAGUUCCCUCUCCUCUCCAGUUCCCUCUCCCUCUCCAGUUCCCUCUCCCUCUCCAGUUCCCUCUCCCUCUCCAGUUCCCUCUCUCCAGUU